AUGCCAGUUUUCGCAUAUAUUAUACCUUUGUCCCAGAAUAUCAUUACUCAAACAGAACCAGCCAGUAUGUUGUUCGACUGGUUACGCGGAACGAUAGGGUGCACACCAAAGAAAGCGGACCUAAAUUAUUUGAGCGAAGCGGAAAUUGUGGCUCUGAAGAAGACCUGGGAAAGAGCCAAACAGAACGACAUUGGGCAACAUAUUCUAUGUGCUCUUUUUGAAGCAAAACCUCAGUUCCGAUCCUACUUUGCGAUUCCAGCUUAUGCCAUUGAAAUGACGCAGUUACGGCAAUGCCAUCUCUUUCAAAUACAGGCACGCAGAAUCCAGAACUUCUUAGAUACAGCAGUCUCAACGCUAGGUUUCUGCCCAUUGAGUAAUGCCUUAACGAUGGCGCAUCAAUUAGGGAAGAUACAUUUUCAUAGAGGUGUGAACUUCGGAGCAGAUCACUGGUUGCUUUUCAAAAAAGUUAGUGUGGAUGAAAUUUCUAAACAUAUUGGACCGAAAGAGUAUACCAUUCUGGUUAGUGAGCGAAAACGCAGAUCAUUGAAAAGGGAAGAGAGCCUUUUGGAGAUUGGACAGAAUGGAGUACUACCUGCCGUAGCUCUUGUUGCAUGGGAGAAGUUUAUGAGUGAAAUUGUGCGAGAGAUGAAGAACGGGUUCCUGGAAGAAGCACGAAAGAUUUGUACGGAAGAUGAUUCAGACUAG